UGGCGGCUAUAGUUUACUGUCAAAUGAAGAAUGUAGACAAGAGUUUUUAGUUGUGGACAACAAAAUUAACGCUCACGUGAUUGAAACAAAAUGGCAACUCAAUUGACAGUUGUCGGUUGAUUUUUUGACAAUUUGUCGAUAAUUGUUCAGUGCUGUGGGGAGAUUUUUUUCAAUUGUUUAUAGAAGGGGAGGAAAAUUGGAGGCAUGAGACCGUGAUCUAGUCUGGAUCACCUGACUUUGUUGUUGUGGACUCAAAAAAAAAAAAUGUUUCGAGCCGAGGAGUCGCCGAAGGGUUCGUUCCUUCAGCAGACGAAAGCAGCCCGAGAGGAACGAGCACACGAAAAACGCCGAGAGGCAGCAGUUGUUACAAUUCAGGCAUCAAUCCGAGGCUGGCUGUCACGACGAAAAUUUGCAAAUAAAAUUCUCCACGACUUGGACUCAUUCUUCCCCGAGGACAGCACCCUGGACGCCUCCAUCGAGCUCAAGCCAGUUCUCCAGGUGUUCAGGCACAUCUCCAGGUUCCUGAUUGUGUUCAAACGAGACAGGGAUCAGGCCCGAAUCGAGAGGCUGUGCAAGUACCUGACGAAAUCUCUGGACUCAGAGUCACCCAAGUUCUCGUACGUCGGGGUCGCUCUCAAUAAAGAACACUACAUCGCCUGGAUAUCACAAAUGAAGGCUGUCUUGUUUCACUGCAUGAUGGGACUUGAUGAGCUGAAACCUGAGAGACCUGGGGAUCACAGAUCCAUUCUUCUGAGGCUCCACACACUCGUCAGCUUCACAUCUUCCGGCACUUGGGCCAUACAAAGGGUCAAGGGCAUGGAAAAACUCAAGACUGGCAUGCAGCAGCUAUGUGCCAAUAUCAUGGGACAUCUAGUCAAUAAUGGAUUUUAUACCGUCAUGAAGGUGUUAUUGGUGAAAGGCUUGGGGAGAGAAAAGAUUUCGCUGAAAUCUGUUGCCCUCUCAGCUGCGGUCACCCUGACAAUGAGACCUCUGAUAUCCUCUCAGAUGUCUGACAAACUCAUAUCUUUAUUUUUGAUCAACAUAUUCAGUGUUCCUGCCUUGGUUUAUCAUCUGAAUUUGCUGUCUCCUGAGUGCAUCACAUGCUUCGCCACCCACAGCCUUUUUUCCCGGAGUCUUGAGAUCCUCAAUUCCGAUCAGAACCUCAGAAUAAUCUUCAACGCCCUUGAAGGCAGCUACGCCCUGUGUCUCUUGGCGAAUCUAAUCCAACUCGCGUCGAUAGAUUCGGAGGACCUUUUGAAGGACCUCUACUUUCCUUCAUUCACCUUCGUGGUGACGAAGAUGUUGGAGUCGUGCCAGCAAUACGUCGUCUCUAAGCAGAGCUGCUUGACCCAUUGGCACCCAGUGCUCGGGUGCUUUGCCCAACCGGUAGACCCUCUCCUGUAUUCGGCAGUUGGUCACACGAAGGUUCAGCUUGGUCUCCUCUGGAGCGGACAAAUUGUCCAGCAGCUGAUAGGCAAGAGCCUGACGGAGAUCGUCGAGAAGGAGGUGAUCAUCACCGACAAUAAUCAGAGCACCUCCAAUACUAAUAUCUUCAAGCGUGCGUUCUUCGAGAGCCGCGGCAACCGAAACAACUCGACGAAGAACUGGCGGAAGCUGGGCAGCCCAGAGACCACGAAGAUCGCAUUGAUAUGCUCACUCUACCAGACAGCUCUGCACACCCUGACGCAGAUGAAGCUGGACAUCCUGACGGGCCUGUGCUAUCAGGACAAGAUACUCUACCAUCUCUGGCUAUUCCUCAAUACUCUCGGACCGAAUUGCGGCCUCAAAGCAUUCCUGGAUCACCUCGCCGCCAACACCAAGUGUUCAGCCCCAGAAUUCCAAAUGCUCAUUCUCUUCUGCGACUGCAUGACACACUACGUGACGAUUCUCGAUGACAUGGAAAUGUACGAGCAGCAGGAGCCGUUUAAACUUCAGGACUUUGUGACGAUGGGAUUUUUCCUCAAUCAAUUUUUGUACAAAGGUGUUCUGGGCAAUCUCUUCGAUGUGAGAACUGUGGGAAGUAAUCCGUUGUUCGUCAGUCUUCAUACAUUGCUGAUGGCGAUCUACAGAAGGGACUGCCGAAGGAACUUCUGUCCUGAUGGUCACUGGCUUGCAAAAGAAGUUCGGGUAUCGGGGUUCCUUGCUGACCUUGAGAAGGGCCGAAGAGGGGCAGCACUUCUCCUCUCGAAGAUGCCCCACGUCAUCCCACACUCGGAGCGCGUUGUCCUCUUCAGAAAGCACGUGGCCGACGAGAAAGCGGUUCUCGGUCUGACCGAAUCCGCAUGCAACAGCCCGCCUUCGACCCUCAUAGCUGUCCAUCGCUCUCGGAUUGUUGAAGAUGGCUACCGCCAGUUGGCGAUGCUGCCGUCUCAGGCUCUUAAAGGCGUCAUCAGAGUGAGAUUCGUUAAUGAGCAGGGUUUGGACGAGGCCGGUAUCGACCAGGACGGCGUCUUCAAGGAGUUCCUUGAGGAGACCAUCAAACGAGUCUUCGAUCCUUCCUUAAACCUCUUCAAAGCCACAACUGAAAACCGUCUGUACCCAUCACCCACAUCAUACAUGCAGGAAAAUCAUCUCCAGCUGUUUGAAUUCGUCGGUCGCAUGUUGGGGAAGGCUGUCUACGAGGGUAUCGUCGUGGACGUUCCCUUCGCGUCCUUCUUCGUCUCGCAGUUCUCAGGCCAGGCUGGGGGCGCACUUUACAGCUGGCUCGAUGAACUCGCAUCUCUAGAUCGUGAUCUGUACAGGAGUCUCACCCUUGUCAAGCACUAUAAAGGGGAUGUCAGUCAACUCGAGCUCACGUUUUCCCUUGAUGAAGACGUUAUGGGAGAGCUUGUGACUCAUGAACUCAAUCCCGGUGGCAAGGCCGAACCCGUCACCAAUUUCAAUAAGAUCAAUUACAUUCAUCAUAUGGCCCACUUCAGGAUGCACAGGCAGAUCAAGGACCAAACGGCGGCCUUCAUCAAGGGGUUCAAGAGCAUCAUUAACCCGGAGUGGCUUUCUCUUUUCUCCACUCCUGAGCUUCAACGCUUGAUCUCUGGUGAUAAUGUACCUCUCGACCUCAGGGACUUAAGAAAGCACACUCAGUACUAUGGUGGCUUUCAUGAUAGCCAUCGAGUUGUUUGUUGGUUGUGGGAUAUUCUUGAGAAGGACUUCAGCGAGGAAGAACGAGGUUUAUUCCUCAAAUUUGUAACUAGUUGCUCCAAGUCACCUCUGCUGGGCUUCGCACAUCUCGAGCCGCCCUUUUCAAUCAGGUGUGUCGAAGUCGGUGACGAUGAAGACACCGGCGAUACUAUUGGGAGUGUUAUUAGAGGAUUUUUUACCAUUCGCAAGAAAGAUCCUCAGAAUCGUUUGCCCACAUCGUCAACCUGCUUCAAUCUCCUCAAGCUACCGAAUUACCAAAAAAAGAGUACAUUGAGAGAAAAAUUGAGAUACGCUGUGACGAGCAACACCGGAUUCGAGUUGUCCUAACAGAAGAUUGGAAAAUCGAUGGGGAGACAGUUCUGGACCAAAGACAAUCGAUGGGAAUCAAGGCAAAAUUCUAACUCAUCGCUUGAUUUUCUAGUAAAACAAAUUAUCAAUAAUUUUCGCUAAUGAUGCACUGGAUUAAUUGAAAAUUAAAAAUUGAAGGCUACGAAUCAUGAAUACUCAUGUGCGGUGGAAUGAAGAGAUGAUUAUUUUAUUAAUCUGAGGAAAUCGGAUCGUCGGACUAGUCUCAAUUGAUCCAGUCGGAAUUGAUUGAUUGGAAAAUGUGCGAUUUCAAAUUUUAAUCAUAAAUUCAAUUACUUUCUGCCAUUAGUGAAAAAUAACAGAAAAUUCACACCAGAGAUGAUAAUCAUCUCCAAGGAAUUUCAUCUCUUCGUUCUAACCUAGAAAUGUAAAUAUAACCUAAAGAUACUUAGUCACAAUAUAAUUUGAAUUUUGGAUUUGAAAAUUCAUUUCACUUAGUGGCCAUAUUGAUUUUUCCGUGCAUGGAGUAAUGAAUCAUUGAAUUUGAUAUUUCUGUACAUUAAAAAUUGUUUAAUAUUUUUUUAACAAGCGAUAACAUGUAAAUUAUAUACAAAAUGUCACAAAUAUACAUAAUUUCAUUAAUUAAAUCCCCUCAUGACAAAUGACAGUUUCCUAUAUAAUACAGUUUCAGAUUCACUAGGAUCUCUCGAUCCAGUCGCAUUCUGC